AGUGGAGGAAAAACUCUCUGUGUGAAAUGUAUUUACCGUUGAGCACAGGCUGACUUGACAUUACAAAGCAGCUCGUGUUAUGAGACAACAGAAGUACAGAUGUGGGUGAGAAGAUAAGAAGCCAUGUCCGCUCAAAGUACAAAGAAAAAAAGGUUUGGUUCACGGCGCCGGGCAGCAAACCAAAAUGAAAAACCUAAGGCUGAUGAGUUUGAGAUAACGGACAGUACCUUUAUUGCUCAACCCCACAUACCAGAAGAAAAUACUGAAUCACUAAAUGAAUUUGCAAGUGCUGAAAAUGUACAAUCUGAGGCACAACCUUCCCCUGAACUGUCAGGAAACAGACGAAAACUGGGGUCUAGUCGAAGACAUAAAAGACCGCAUGUUAAGGACUCGCAACACGACCCUGGAGAGGAAGUUGAGGAAAAGAUUAGGGGAAAGGAAACCAUCGAAACAAAUCAAAUGUCACUUACAAUACAACCUAAAAGCCAGGAAGAAUUAAGUCAGGGGACUGAGGAUGAUAUGUCUGCAACACAUGGCGUGCAUUUGUAUUCAGCCACUUCUCGUUAUUAUUCUUCUGAAAUUCAGAACUUAACAACAAACUACGCAGAGGCUGACCUGGAAAGUUUAAUUCCCAAAAGUGAAAAUCUGCAUGCAGACCUAGAUGAAAAUGAGAGCAGCUCCGAAGUGGUAUCUGACUCUUGUAUAGCAGAGGAGUACGUGCAAGAAGGAAAUGACAAAUCUAACACUCUUCACAGUGAGGACAUCAGACAAAGUGCACAUCUUGUUGGCAUCUCCGAGUUAACUAGUUCUGAUGUUUUUUCAUGUCAGAAAGUAGAUCAGCAGCUGAUUGACCAAUCUAAUACUAGCAAAAUGCCAGAUGAAAAACUUUCAGAUGUGGAUUCUGUAACAGAAAAAGAUGAUGACACAGAUUUGUCAAAGCAGGAUGGAAACUUACAGGGCAACUACAUAGUGAGUGAGUCACAUGGGGAUUCAGUAUCCAUGCAGUUUUAUAUCACACCAGAGAUAACUACAGAAAAAAUCAGCCCGAGAAAAAACACUGUUGGGCAAGCAACUAUUUCGUCACCAAAAGAGGAGUUGCCAACAGAUGAGGAACAAAAUGAGCACUUCAGCUUUUCUGAGGACAGAGGAACGCCUCAAUCAGAGGAUGCUAUGAAUAAAGUGCAUAAACAAGAGAUUAAGCCAACAGAAAUGCAUGAAAUCUCACCUGACAGUAAUAUACAUGAUGCCACAGAAAAUUCUGAAUUUAUUUCUGGAAACCUGGUAGACCAAACUGAAAUGAGUGAUACACACCAAUCUUUAUUGAUUUUAAAAGUUGAUGAUGAUUCUCCUACCUAUCAGGAACUUUCAAGUUCUGACAGCAAAUCACAUGAGCGUCCAACAAAAGAAAACUUUCAAGCUUUAGAGCAGAAUAAUGAGGAUUGCCAUGUUUAUGAAUUCAAGGAACCACCGAUCAGCAGCAAAGACAGAGUCAAUACUGCACUAGGUCAGGUGUCUGAGCUGGGAGGCCGAGUAGAGGAUGAUGUAAAACCUGCUGAACAAACAGGUCAUCAGGAGAAAGAAGGACUCUUAUCUGACAUGGAGGAGAGUGAAUCAUCGUUGCAAACUCUGCAAUCAGAAAUAAAUGUUCCUUUUGACUCCCAACAUCAGCAAAAUUACACUGACUUCCAUCCACUUGGGAACAGAAGAAAACUGGGGUUGAGCCGAAAAAAUAAAGGAAGACGUCAUGUCAAGGACUCUGCAGCUGAAUCAAACCAAGAGUCAACAGAGGAUUUUGUUGGAAAUACCAAGAAUCACGAAUUCCUUCAACUAACAGAAAUGACAUUAACAACAGAGAUAGCAGUGCAGGAAGAAAUAAAUGAAACCAUGCUGGAAGGAAAGGACAAAUUUGACACUGCUCAGACUGAAGAUGUUAGUGAUCAAGUUCAUGAAAAUGCAAAUGUUGCCACACUUGUUGGCUCUGACUUACAUGCAAGUUCAACAGUAGAUCAGCAAAUGAUCAAGGAAUCAAAUUUCUGGGAGAUACCAGAUGAAGAACUUCCCAAUGUGUCCUCUGCACCAGAAAAAGAAAGCAAGGAAAGAGAGGAGGACACAGAACUGCUCAGACAGGAUGAAAAUGUACAAACCAACUAUUUGGUGAGUGAGGACAUAGAGUCUUCUGUUGCAUCAGAGAUAACCACAGAUAAACACAACCCCAGAGAGCAAACAGAACCCGAAUCCAGUGUUGAACGAGAAAUAUCUUCAUCAACAAAACAGGAGCUGCCCACAAAUGAGGAACAAAAUGAAAUUUUCCAUUUAUCUGAAGACAAGGGUGAUCAUAAGUCAGAGGACACUGUAAACGCACUGCAUAAAGAGGAGAUAAAGCCAGCCCAAAUGCAAGAAAUGCCUCAAAUUCAUUGCUCACCUGAAAGUGUAAAACAUGAAGCCACAGAAAAUUCUGAAAUCAUUUUUGGAAAUCUGACAGAUCAAACUGAAGUCAAUGACACACACCAAUCUUUAUUGAUUGUGAAAAUUAAUGAUGAUUCUCCAACCAAUCAGGAACCUUCAAGUCCUGACAGCAAACUGGAUGACCAUACUCCAAAAGAACACAACUCUGAGGUUUUGGAGCAGAAAAAAUGAGGAUUAUCAUGUAUAUGAUACCAAGAAACCACCAAUCAGGGACAUAGACACAGUAGACACUGCACUAAAUCAGGUGUCUGAGCUGGAAGGCCGAGUAGAGGAUGAUGUAAAAACCUGCUGAACAAACAGGUCAUCAGGAGAAAGACAGACUUUUCUCUGAAAUGGAGGAAAGUGAAUCCUCUUUCCAAACUCUGCAAUCAGAAAUAAAUGUUCCUUUUGACUCCCAACAUCAGCAAGAUUACACUGACUUUCAUCCACUUGGGAACAGAAGAAAACUGGGGUCGAGCCGUAGAAAUAAAGGAAGACAUACUGUCAAGGAUUCUGCUGCUGAAUCGCUCCAUAAACACAAAGAGGAGGAUGUUGAAAGAGCUAAUGAAGCCUUUGAAACAACACAAAUGUUUUUGGCAAUAGACAGAACAAGUCAGGAAGAAUUAGGUCAAGGGAGCAGGCAGGAUGUGCCUUUGAUAACUGCGUCUGGCUAUUCUUCUGGUGUUCAGAGCCGCACUACAACAAACUAUACAGAGGCUGACCUGGACUUUUUAAUUACUAAAGGUGAAAAUCUUCAAGAGGAUCAUUAUGAAAGAGAGACUGAUGUCUCUAAAGUGGAGGUGUUGGAUGAAUCAGCGGGAGCCAAGCUGGAAGGAAUGGACAAAUCUGGCACCCUUUGGAGACAAGAAGUCGAAGGAGCUGAACAGUCAGAAGAUGCUGUUAAUAAAAUGGCUAGAUUGGAGAUCAAGCCAACUGAAAUGCAAGUAAUGUCUCAAACUGAUUAUUCAUCAGAAAGGUUAUUACAUGAUGCAGCAGAAAAUACUGAAAUCAAUUCUGAAAACCUGACAGAGCGAACCGAUGUCAGUGACACUCACCAAUCUGAGUUGAUUGUGAAAAGUGCUGAACAUCAUCCUGCCAGACAGGAAAUUUCAAAUAAUGACAGACAGGGUGAGCAUCACAUAAAAGAAAGUAACUUUGAGGACUUGGAG